UCAGGGGCUGAGCGGAGUGGGUUAUCAUUUGGUAUGGAUGGAGAUGAAUUCUUUGGAGAAAAAACAUUUCAGCAUUAUUGUACAGAAUUCAUUAAGCAUUCACAGCAGAUAGGAGAUGGUUGGGAAUGGAGGACUUCAAAGGACUAUACAGAUGGUUAUAUGUGCAAAACGUGUUUUCAAGUUAAAAAUGGGACCAUGAUGUCACAUCCAGAAAUAUCAGCUCCUGUAGAGACUUGUCUUCCCAUAGAGGAAGCUGUAGAUUCACCCCUGGAUGAUUCUGAAGUGACUGAGCCUACAGCAGCAACCGAAGUGAUUAAAUAUGAGUAUCAUGUCUUAUAUUCCUGUAGCUACCAAGUGCCUGUGCUUUACUUCAGGGCAAGCUUUUUAGACGGAAGACCUUUACCGCUGAAGGCCAUUUGGGAAGGAGUCCAUGAGAGCUAUAAGUCACGGCUUCUGCAGGGGCCGUGGGACACCAUCACCCAACAGGAACAUCCAAUACUUGGGCAACCAUUUUUUGUACUUCAUCCCUGCAAGACAAAUGAAUUCAUGGCUCCCAUGUUAAAGAAUUCUUGGAAAAUCAAUAGGAAUGCCAACUACAUUACCUCAUGGCUGAGCAUUGUCGGGCCAGUUAUUGGGCUGAAUCUACCUCUGAGCUAUGCAAAAGCAGCUGCUCAAGAUGAAAGAAGCAUUGACUGACCAGAUUCUCCUGUUGAGUCCAUUGAAGGUAGAGAUAACAAGAAGAAAACUGAGUUUACCUGGAGACCCUGGUUUAGUAACAAACCCUGGGAUAUGUCAGCACACCAAGAUUUUGGCAAGGAAUUUUUUUUUUUUUAAAUCCCUUGAUAGCAACUGACAUAUUAUGUAUAUCAUGAGAGGAAAUGUCUGAGAGAUACAAAUCUGUAUAAAUGGCAAAAAAAAAAAAAAUUUUGAAUCUAACUCAAUAAUAGAACUACUGACACCCACGAAUACUACCAGUCAUUCUUUUCUGGACCAAACAAAAUAUUCCCUUUUUUUUGAUAUGAAGACUGAUGGAAAAAUAGACAUCUGUGCUUAUUUUAAUGUAAGAUGUGUGGAAAUUAAAGUAUAAUAAAAUAUAAUAUUUACAUGUUCUAAAAACUAAUGUCAUAAACAUGAUCUAUCUUACAUUAUUCUCCCUUAAUCAGACUUGAGGAUGAUAGAUUAUUCAUUCCUUUUUAAUCUAAAAGUGUGUUUGUGGAUAGAUAGCUAGGUAGAGAAUAAAGAAAACAGGUACAGUGAGAUAGUGUAUAAAAAUAAAAAGUGAGAUAAUGUAUUUUUAUAAGCAAAGUGUAGCAGCAAGGUAGUAAGAUGAACCUGAUCUGGAAGAGAUUUUUUGCUUGGGGUUGCUUAUUUAGUUUUUCAUUUUAACUUGCUAGGGGCUGAAAAUGUAUGAGAAAAAUGUAAUUGGCUCUUCAGCGAAUCUAGAUUAGUGUCUGUCAGUGAAGGAUGUACUUUGGAAUUACCUGAGGAUCUCUCACAACCGCAAAUGCUGAGAACCAUCUCCACACGCAGCCUCUCUGUGGUGACUGAAGCACAAGCCCCUGGGAGGUCUCUGGUCUUACUAUGGGGGUUCUUUGUGCGAUUUAGAUCCAUAUAGCCAUGUUUUCCAAUUCUGUGUGCAACUCUAGAAAACUGGACUAACUUGGUCACCCUGAGAUCCUGCAGAGGAAGGAAGGCUAGCCCUGGAGAGGCAGGCUGUUAGUCUGAGGGAUUGUCUGCUGGCGCUUCCAGCCGGUUGGUUAAGGGCUGGACUCUCACAGAGAAGUAGUGAAGAAAGAGUUAAUUCAAACUGCUCGAAAAGCUAAAAGUAAAUUUUAAAAUGCUGAGCUGCAUAUAUUCAUGCCGGGAUGAGAGCCUGCUUACAUGCUUGCUGGGCAUUUUGGUAUUUACCACUUAACAUCUUUUCAACUUCUGCAAGGGAUUUCUCCCCUCCCCUUCUCUCUAAUGUAAACACAGAUUUCUCAGCAAGUCCUUCCUCAAGCCAUGUCUUAUCUGCUGCUAAAAAAAUUAAUAAUGUGUCAUCCAGUUGAUAUACUCAUCUGGAAAUAUUAAUUAUCAUCUGGUAACAGAUUUUGAGAUGAUGGUCUGUUAGUUUGGGGUUAGCGUGUAGUUGUUUUUUAAAGUUAAUUUUUUUCCUUUGGUUGAUGAAGACCAGACAAGAGUUCAGAUUGCCCCUGUAGGCUGUAGAGACACCCCCCCCCCCCCCGGGGAGAACCCUCUCUCCACUUGCUCUAUUUCUUUUCAGAAUGUUUUUUUUUUUCCUUUAAAAAAAUCAGAAUUAUUAAUUAAAAUGUGAGAAGUAUUCCCAGUUUUGAGAAUGCACUUAUACACCAGACUAUUAUCCCAACAGUUAUAAAAUAUUAAAAAAAAUAUUUUGUUUGGUCAAAAUAACAGCUCUUUCUCUGCAAUUGGAAGGUCUGUGCCUCUAUGUUUUCCAUCCAGUUAAUGUAACACAAAGCCCCUGUAGUCAGAAAUAAGGCUGGUUAAAGCUCCUACCAGCCAGUCUCCUGAGUUCUACUUUUGUAUGACCUUGGAAAAAUUAUUUCACCUUGUUGGUCCUCAAUUUCAUCAUUUACAAAAUAAAAAAAUUCAGUUGUAACUUGUGAAGCCCACUUCAAUCCUUGGACCUUUGGAAUAUGGACUGUACCAAAGAUGGAGCUAAAAGCUGCACCACUGGUUGGGCUAAUUCUCUUCAAGUCCUUUUAUCUGUUACCAUUGUAUGAGUAAGAAGCACACAAUGCCUGCCCUGCUCAGAGGUGCACAGAAGAUCACGGUGGUCAGCGCAUCGGAGGGUACUGCAGCACCAACUCAACACCCAUGGAAUCCAGAUUGUGGACAAGAGCCUGCUCCUGUCUGGACAUCCUUUCAUGGUCAGCUGUUCCCGGACGCAAAAGGAGACCAAGCAGGUUUCUCUGCCUCCAUCCUUAUCUGAUUGUCGCUAGAAAUGCCCUUCCCGGUGCCUCUACCCAGCUUUCCACCUAGCCCAGUGUUCGCUUUGUCACAAAGCCACCUCUGACCACCAGUGGCUAAUUAGUCAACCUCCCCCUUUCGUUUCUCAUGUGCUUAGUCAUAUUAGUAUUUGAUUCUUAUGUUUUGAUUUCUUCUCCUCCUUAAUAAUGGAUAGUAUGUACUUAAAGUGAUGACCCACUUUUGGGGAUGAUGUGUAUUUUUAAAAGAUAUAUUUACUUAUUUAUAGGG